AUGUCACCCGUUCAGACUGACCCAGAACAGGCAACACCUUCCACGAUAGAUCUGCAUUCCUUUGAUCAACAGUCAGUGGGAAAUCGUCUGUUUUCUCAGGUCUAUCUGCUUACCCGAAGCAACCGACUUGCGUCGCGCAUUACGGGUAUGCUUCUAGAAUUGCCGGCAACCGAACAAGCUGCACUACUAGAAAAUGAUGAUGCCCUAUUUAACCGAGUUGAAGAGGCCCGUGCGGUGCUCACUAUGGCGGAGGCCGGCGAGCGAGACCGUCCCAGGCAAGGCUACUACUUCCCGCGCGCGGUCCCUGGCCUAAACGUGACUCCACCUGUUCCAGUUGAUCCGGUCAAACUGGCCUUUCGCUAUUCGUUAUAUCGCGGUGUUGGACGAGUCAUUGGUCUAUGCCUAUUGACCAAUGAGACAUGUCCGUUGCAUCUGAGUCGUCCGGUACUGAAGUACAUUCUCGGUCGUGUCUUGCACUGGCACGACUUUGCUUUCUACGAUCCAACAACAUUUGAAGGCCUUCGUCAACUUCUACAACAUACGCUGCCUGAUCAGAAGGAGAAGCUCGAGGGUUCCGUGGCGGAUUACAAUCUCACGUUUUCACUAAUCCCUGCGGUGGAGGAGGGCGGUUUGACACAUGAACUCAGCCGUUCAACAUCGGUAAACAGCUCACACCACUUGGCUCCUCAAGGCGAUGAAAUUGAAGUUAAUGAUUCCAACGUGUAUGAAUUUGUCAAGCGGUACACCGAAUUCAAAAUGGUGGAGUCUCAAUUGCGCCUUGGCGUGUUCGAUAUUUUACCUCGAAAUGCUUUGGAUCGACUCACUGCAGAAGAUCUACGGCUCUUGUUAAAUGGAACCGGAGAAAUCGAUACGGAUGUGCUUGCUAGUUACACUACAUUCCACAAUGAAACUGGUACAAGUUCCACGGAUCUGGGAAAGUCCCUUGAAAGCAAUGGAGGAGCGAAUAGCGUAGAUAAAGUUGCGCGUCUUAAACGCUGGUUCUGGAGCACCGUACGCAAUAUGGACAACAAACAGCGUCAGGAUUUGCUGUACUUCUGGACCUCAAGUCCAGCGCUGCCCGCAAGUUCGCAAGGAUUCCAACCCAUGCCCUCAAUCACUAUUCGACCCGCCGACGAUCAUCAUCUGCCAUCUGCAAAUACCUGUAUUUCUCGGUUGUACUUGCCACUUUACUCAUCCAAACAGAUACUACGAGAAAAAUUGCUCCAGGCAAUUGAAGUCAAAAGCUUCGGCUUCGUUUGA